CAGCAGGGGAGACACUAGACAGAGGAGUGACUGGUGAUAUUACAGGGUUGAAAGAGGAACAAGAAGCUUUAGGGUGGGAAGCAGUGAAGAAAACUGGAGGACUAUUUCAGCUGAAGCACUGAGAAAAGGAAGAAGAGAGCCUGCCAAUAAGCCACAGGCUAUUCUUGGAAAAGCCAAGCUGAAGCUAGUCAGAGGGACCUCAAGGAAGACAAAGGAAGAAGGGAAAUCCUGCUGGCAGUGGUAUUGACAGCAGCUCUCCCUCAAUACAGCAGCUUCUCUCAGUAAGAACUGCUUGUGCAUUGGGACCACGGAGGUAUAACAGGAUUCCAAGGCUAGAAGAAAGAACGCAUCCACAACCAACACACGGCCUGGAACAGACACAGAAUGGGCUGCAACAGAAACUGUGGUCUACUCACUGGGGCUAUCAUUGGAGCAGUGCUGGCUAUCUUUGGAGGAGUCUUAAUACCACUUGGCGAUUACUUUAUUACCAGUACAAUAAAGAAGGAAGUUGUUAUUGAGAAUGGUACAAUUGCUUAUGAAAACUGGAUUGUGCCAGGAAGUCCUGUUUACAGGCAAUUUUGGAUCUUUGAUGUGCAAAAUCCAGCAGAGGUGAUGAAUGGAUCACAGCCAAUACUCCAGCAAAAAGGGCCUUACACAUAUAGGGUGCGAUAUUUACCCAAAAUAAACAUCACUCAAAAUCCUGACCACACAGUGUCUUAUAUGCUGCCAAAUACUGCUCGCUUUGAACCGACUAUGUCAGCUGGGACAGAAAAUGACACUGUUACAUGCAUUAAUCUGGCUGUUGUCGCUGCCCCUGCCCUGUAUACAAACACUUUCAUUCAAUUACUGCUAAACACUUGGAUUAAGGCUUCCAAUUCAGCCAUGCUGCAGAACAGAACUGUGAAAGAAAUACUGUGGGGCUAUAAGGAUCCAUUCUUGGAGAAAGUCCCCUUCCCUCUGGACUCAACACUUGGUGUCUUCUACCCUUAUAAUGGAACAUCUGAUGGAUCCUACAGAGUUUAUAAUGGGAAGGAUGACAUAAGCAAGACUGCAAUAAUUGAUUCCUAUAAAAACAAAAGAAAUCUUUCGUACUGGGAAGGUCAUUGUGACUUGGUCAAUGGAACAGAUGGGUCAUCAUUUCCUCCCUUUGUUAAGAAAGAUUCAGUACUGCGUUUCUUUUCCUCUGAUAUUUGCAGGUCCAUCUACGGCAUCUUCACGAGUGACCAGGUUGUGAAGGGGAUCCACCUCUACCGUUUUACUGUUCCUAGUGCAGCAUUUGCAUCUCCCCUUGUAAAUCCAGAUAAUUUGUGUUUCUGCACCGAUCGUGUUAUAUCAAAUAACUGUACAUCUGCGGGAGCCCUAGACAUUAGCUCCUGCAAAGCAGGGAGGCCAGUAUUUAUUACCCUUCCCCAUUUUCUCUUUGCCAGUGAUGAUAUAAAAGAAAAUAUUGAAGGACUGAGCCCAAACAAGGAUGAACAUGAAACAUUUUUAGAUGUAGAACCUACAACUGGUUUUACAUUACAUUUUGCCAAAAGGCUGCAAGUAAACUUACUGGUGAAACCUGCACCAAAAAUCACAGCUCUUUCCAAAAUUAAAAAGCCCUACAUCUUUCCUCUUCUUUGGCUGAAUGAGACAGCUAUUAUUGGUGAUGACAAAGCGGAAAUGUUCAGAUCAAAAGUGACCUCUCGAAUCAACAUGCUCAAUAUACUGCAGAUAGGAUUAAUCAUUGCUGGUUCUGUGAUGUUCCUGGCAUUCAUGAUCUCAUAUUUUGUAUGCAGAUCAAAGAAAUUAAAAUAAACAGCAAAGGUCUUCUGAGGUUGGCAACAGUUGUCAUAUUUCUGACAGUUUAUUUUGUCACUGAUUUGUACUAAUCUGAUCCCAUAAUGUACUUUAUACAAACAAAUACACCAUGGAACUAAACAUACUUUUCUGUUCUGGGAAACACUGGCGACACAUAGGAGGUGCACGUGGGUGCAAGGGGGUGCACCCCCUGUGAAAAGGCAAUGCUGGUGUUGGCGGCACCUGUGGGCAGUCGCCGCUGGCCUUCUGCCCUCACUGCUGAUGCUGGUGGUGUCUGCGGGUGGUCCGCGAUCAUUGUUGGCUGCUGCCGCAGUUGCCAAUAGUGUCUGUGGGUGGCUGCUGACUACUGAUCGGCGCUCGGCACCCCCCACUCCACCACAAACAGUGCUGUGGCUGCCUACGGGAACUCCCCGCUUGCUGCUGCCAUGCUCCCACCACCACCAGUGCUGCCGUCACCUGCGGGAGCUUGCCGUGCCCCAGCCUCCGGGGGCACACGGUGUUCAUGCUAGGAAGAAAAUACAGGAUCCAUCUUACCAGCUAGAAACAGCUAAUGUUUCCAAAGGUACAUUUUUUCCAUGUCAUCAAAGAGGCCCAAAGUCAUACCCUGAAAUCGCUACCUUUGUAUAAACCUCUGUUACAUAAUAGUAAAAUAACAUUUAAAUUGGUUAAAAGCGAAAUCCAAUUUAGAGAGCAAUCUACCUUCCACCAUUCAUGCAGCUUGCUACUUUUCUUGUCUUGGGACUGCAAAAUAUAGGAAUGAAAGCCAUUUGCUGAUGUUCUAGCCUGAGCAUGGGUUGAGGAUGAUGACAUCAAACUCAUGUAGUGCUCAGUAAGCUACAUGCAAUUUUUUCCUUCCACUCCUUUAAGGAAUGGAAGCUGCUGCAAUAGAAUUGCUACCCUCUUGUCUGAGGUGUGAAUUUUAAUGAAUGUAAAGUUUAUUAUGUAGAGAGAUUAACUGUGUGUGAGUGUGUAUGUAUGUCAAUAAAAGACCUACUAUAAGAUUGUUUUAAACAAUGUAUGUACAGAACACCUGUUCAAAUACACACAUAUAUAUGUUCAUUUGCACACUAACAGUGGCAGAUCCAUAUCCAAAAUUGCUUCCCUUCUAACCAUCUCUUUCUGUCUCCUAAUUCCCAACCUUCAUCAACUGCACCCUCCUACUUGACCUUAGUUGCUGUUUUUUUCUGGCUGUUUCUCGGCCAACUGCCUUUCAUCUUGCAAAUUCAUUUUCAUCUCAACUUAUCCUUCUAUUCUAUCCUCCUCUCAGAUGACAUGAUCCAUUUUACCACAUCCGUAGGCAGGAUCAGUCUCUGGAGAAGUGAAAGCAGACCUGCUAACACCAGCACUGUCACUAGCAGUUGUCCCUUCCCGAUAUAGAGGAAUGCAAAGACAAAGAGUGCGGCCACAAACCUUUCUCUUACUAGGCAUGUACUGUGAUUGUGCAAGUGCAGCCAGCUCUUUAAUAGGAUGUAUCAUCCUGGUGGUUGACCCAAUGACUACUGAAAUCAGUGCUGUAUUUUCAUUGACUUCAGUGGAAUUGGGACCUACAACUCACUCUGAAGUAAGAAAGUCAGUUGUAACUCCCAUUCACUCAUUGAACUUAGGGAGACCUGCAUGAACUAAUGCUUCUCAAGAUUUGGUGUUUUCUCUCAAAAGGUGGUCGCAAAGGAAAUUAAAUUUAUGAUUACAUCAGCCAAUAUUCACAAAAACACAGCUUCAUUUGGUGAACCCUUAGCAUAACAUUCUGCAACGGAUGUUAAGCCAGGAAAAUCUUCCUUCCUAAGAGAGGAUAGGAUGAAAGAUGAGAAAGGGAAAAAUGGUUGAUGUGCUACUGUAUGUUCAGAACAUUCUGUGCUUGGAAAUAUGCCAUUCCCAUUGAAGUCAAGGAGAACUGACAAGAUAUUGUGAAAGGUCAGAUCCUUUCUAAACAAAAAUACAGCAUGAAGCCAAGGCUGAUCCAAACUUUACAGUAGGAUACGCAGAUGUUUGUCUUGCGGAAAAAAGCAAGCCUAUUAGGUAAGUGAGCCUAUCUAUCUAUCUAUCUAUCUAUCUAUCUAUCUAUCUAUCUAUCUAUCUUUUGAGAUCUGAUAUCAGUAUCCCAACCUCAUGUCUGUACAGCCAGAAAAAAGCAAGACUAUUUAUGAACUAUUGAGAAAACACUGAUUCUAUCAUAUAUUUCAGUUGUUAGAUCCUGCUCAAUGAGCAAUAGCCCCUGUGAUACAUUGAACAUGACCAUUGUAACAAAUAAUUAGAGCUGGCGAAAUUAUUCAUUUCUGAUAGUGGACCAAAUUCUGGUCUGAAAUUAAUGGAGCCAGGCUGCUUAAUCAAAUGAAAAAUCACUCAAGUGAUUCUGGAACAAUUUGUCUCUGUUUGUCUUUGCUAACCAUUUGCAUUCUUAUUUCCAUAAAUCUAUUCCCAUGCACAUAUUCUCCGUGAAUUGUUCUUUUUUAAGUAAAUCACAGGCAACAUGUUGCUUACAAGCUAUUUGCACUGAAUCUCUUUUCCAUGGAUUUCACCUUGUGUAGUCAUUCGGGCAAAAUGAUUGCAAUGAGGCUGCCUCUGUCCACCCUUGAGUAAUGAAACACUUGUGGAGCUCUCAAAGGCUCAGGAUGGAGAAACAGGUGACAAAAGUGCCUUAGCUUCCUGAUACCAGAUACAAAUCCCAAUUUUGGGGGGGUUGCUAGGUUAGUGGUUAGUUGUUAGACUGUUAGUUGCUAACAAUCCCAAAGAGAUAUUCUGACAGCCAAGGAUUUCUGAGACACAGAGGCAUUCUGGCCACAUGCCCUUUUUUCCUUGCCAUGACUCCGUACUAUGUGGGGAGAGGGUUGUAGCCCAGAAGAUCUUACUCUGGUUCUAUAAUCCUCAAGGAUCCAUUUAAAAUGGUUUAUGGUGAGGAUCCCCACUGUGGUUAGGGCAACUUUAUGCUGGGGAAUUAGAUGCCAUAAAGUUGCUACAGUUCAGAGCAAGAUGAAAGACCAGGAUGAUGACAUUUUUACGUGCACUUUGUUUUAAUUAGUGUAGGUAUAAAUGAUUAUACAAGGUUCAUGAAAGUGCAACCUUGGCCCUUUAAUUACUCUCUGUUGGUUCAUCACUCAUUGUGAAACAGACAUUUGUUUCUGUUCCAUAAUAGCCUGGUAGAGAGCUUAAUGCAAUAUAAGGCAACCCUAACACGCCUCUAAUUUGUGCUGAGGGCUAGCUAACCAGCAGGAAAGAACAUGGAGGCGUGAAAGUUGCUUCAAAUCUGUAAGCUUCAUUGGCUCCUCUCCUUUUGAGCUGAAAUCAGCACAGCUCUGCUGCUGUUCUACAUCAAGACUGCACAAUACCUAACUUUUCCAUGCCAAAGGCUAAUGGUGAAAUCUUAACUCAGCUGAUGUUAAAACUGCUAUUGCCUUACACAGGAUUAGUCAGGAUUUCACUUCAGUUAUUGGCUGACUAUCCAUUGCCAACAGGUCAGAUUUUCCUAUCUUAGUCCUGCAGCAAUGGUCGAAACUUCAGACUAUGAUUGCGAAAACCUUAUCCCUUAUGCAAUAUAAGUAAUUUUAGUCAUGUGUAGAAUCCGAUUGGUUCAAUGCAGAUUUGGACUAUUAGGUGAUAUUCACCAUCUAGUCUGCACUUGGAUAAUGCAUUAACAGGUUUAAAACAUUGUUUACAGGGAUUCUGUAUUAAUAUAGUGAAAACAAUAGGAUAACCUUAAUUAAUUACCUUUGAAUUUAAAAUUUACAAGUAAGAUCUCCAUUCCUCCUUGUUAAGCCAUUGUACUGAACAAGCAUUUAUAACAUAUGUUUCUGAGCUUUAUAAAAGAAAAUACUUAAAAAAUGUUAUAGACACCUACUUUCAGAACUGUAUGUGUUUGAGGAUUAAUAAAGCUUUUCAUGUUGGGUAA